UUCAAGUUCCUUUACAUAUUAGGAUCUCCCGAUAUAGACUCUCAUGUUAUCAACCUCAUGACGCGACCUUAGUCCGCUGGUAGUCGCUAUAAUCUGCUCAUUCAAAGUCUUUGUCAAAAAUGUUUCUGUUGUCAAAAAUCCCAAUCGUGGGGAUACUAGCAAGGCCCCACCGUUUCACCAUAGGCAGCUUUAUAUUGCCAAUGGAAGGUCGACCACGAGGGAAUUUGAGAACUAAUGUAUUUUUUUUUACAGUUUUCUCAGCAGCAGACAUCUCUUUCUCAGAGAAGAUAAACGUAGGAGACCCAUUGAUUAGGAUUGGUGAUGCCAUGGGUAUACCGGCUGAAGAAGUCAUCGGAACUAGUGGCUUGAGAAGCUCAACAAACGUGCGGGAGGACCCCGCCAUCAAAGUCGACGGGGCUAGGGAGAGUUCCUCCAUACUGGCAAAAAAUCCCUAGAGAGAAAUUUUGUUAUGCAUGUCUCAGUUUUAAUUUUUUGCCCAAAAUCCUUUCCAUACCUCUCUUUUCCACCGAUUUCAUUAUUCUGUGCUCGAGUUAGAUCCUACCAAAUGCGACUAGUUUUUCAGUUUUAUAUCACUACGACUAUUUUUUUCAGUUUUAUAUCACUACAGUUUUUCUCUCAAAAUCCUUUCCAUACUUCUCUUUAUUUCAUUAUUCUGCUUGAAUUAGAUCCAUUAGAGAUGUUACUACAAUUGUGAAGAGUGACAAAAAGAUAGGUGACUCCAUAUGAACUCAAAUGAUCCGAAUUGUAUUGUUGGAAUAGAUCGAGUUAUUAACCGAAUGAUUACCCGAACCCGAAUGGUUACCCGAACCUGAAUGACCCAACACGAACUCACAUAGCCGGGCUUAAUCCAAAUGUAAACAAGGCUGGCUUACUUCCAGAUCCAGGUUCAAAGCCUGGCUACUGAAUAACGGGUAGUCUGAACUCUCCGAUGAGUCUCGUCUCCUUUUACGCCAUCCAGCGGACCAGCCUAUGACUCUGUUCUCGAUUCUAAUAACGUAUGAGCCCCCCCAUUCCCCACUUCCUGCACAGGAUUUCUAUAUUUUCACAGAUACCCAAAUGCUUGACCAUAUUUCCCCAUCUAAAUCACAGUCUCUCAUCAAUUCCUAGCACGUAUUUGGACUCUCAAUUCCCAACAAAUCAGGGACCUCAGGAUUCAAUCCACGAUCCAGCAAAAAUCAUUGCGACCCAAGUGUCAAAUUGCAGAAACUUACUGGAACUGAAUCAGGUUUAUGCACAGAUUGUCCGAACCCAACUCCUAGAUUUGUACUCUGCACCCUUUCAUUGGAACAACAUUAUAAGAUCGUACACUAGGCUAGAUGCUCCAGAUAAAGCGCUUUGUGUCUAUGUUGCCAUGUCACGAGCCGGUCUCUUGCCCGAUUCCUAUACGCUUCCAAUCGUCUUAAAAUCUGUGUGUCAGUUUCUUGCCACUGAGUUUGGUCGACAGCUUCAUUCGCUGGCCAUAAGGAUCGGGUUGGAGUCCAACGAGUACUGUGAGAGUGGGUUCAUUAACCUGUAUUCUAAGUUGGGUGAGUUCCGUAAUGCGAGAAAGGUGUUUGAGCAAAAUCGUGAUAGAAAGUUGGGUUCUUGGAAUGCAAUCAUUGGAGGUCUUUCUCAAGGUGGGCGUGCCAAGGAAGCCAUAGGCAUGUUCCUAGAGCUUAAAAAAUGUGGGUUUCUGCCGGAUGAUGUGACUAUGCUUAGUGUAACAUCGGCUAGUGGAAGUCUUGGGGACUUGGACUUGGCUCUCCAACUGCAUAAAUGUGCUUUCCAAGCCAUGCCAAUUGAAAAACCGGGCAUUUUGCUGUCAAAUUCGCUUAUAGACAUGUAUGGAAAGUGUGGCCGGACGGACUUGGCAUAUAAAGUAUUUUCAAGGAUGGAAGAAAGAAAUGUAUCAUCGUGGACAUCCAUGAUUGUGGGUUAUGCGAUGCAUGGGCACGUAAAUGAAGCAAUAGAUUGCUUUCAAUGCAUGAGAGAGGCUGGAGUGAAGCCGAACCAUGUGACUUUUGUUGGGGUACUUAGCGCGUGUGUGCAUGGUGGGGCUGUGCAAGAGGGAAAAUAUUACUUCCAUAUGAUGAAGAAUGCUUACGGGAUACUGCCCCAGUUACAACAUUAUGGGUGCAUGGUCGAUUUGCUUGGUAGAGCAGGGUUGUUUGAGGAGGCCAGAGAAAUAAUAUUGGGGAUGCCGAUGAAGGCAAAUUCAAUAAUAUGGGGGUGUUUGAUGGGUGCUUGUGAGAAGUAUGGGAAUGUGAAAAUAGGGGAGUGGGUGGCUAAGCAUUUACAAGAAUUGGAACCUUGGAAUGAUGGGGUUUAUGUGGUUUUAUCAAAUAUUUAUGCCGGCAGAGGUUUGUGGAAAGAGGUUGAGAUGGUAAGAGAGGUUAUGAAGCAGAGCAGACUUGUUAAGAUUCCUGGCUAUAGCUUGGCAACGAAUUCAAAGUGAAAGCCAAGAAGUUUUGUCUUAUAAGUUGGAGUUCUUUCCUAUACAGUGAAGUUGUAUUCAAUUUGCAAAACAUUCUAAAUUUAUAACAAUUUACGCAGUCAAAUUGUAACAGUUCUGAGCUAAUUAAUGCAUGAUCUUUUUCUUAUUA